CAAUGCCCAAUGGACUUGGAUUACUUACCACGCGUUACGACGCGAUUAAAACGUGAUAGCGAAGAUCUGCGCGUGGUGCUGGGAAGAGCUAGAAAUAUCCGCGCAGAUAAUGAAUUCAGUUUAUACGAAGUAAAGACAGACCUCAACGACUGGCAUAAACAAAUUAAAGAAACUGACAGGAUUGUUACCGGAUGUCACGACUCUGUUAUUGAAGAAACAUUAGAAAUCACGUCCAAAAAACUAUGGCUUGGAAACUUGAUUGGGAACGAUAGCCAUUUAAUUAGGCAAUACGAAGAGAGUGUUCACCAAGCUCAAGAAGUUUUAGACAAGGCAAAUCGAGAAUAUCUUAAAUUAGAAGACCUUCACAGGAAAGCUAAGGAUGAUUUACAAAAAGCCGCAGAGAAUCGCCGUCAAUACGAUGAUAGUGAAAGGACGUAUUUGUUAGCCAUUUCUGCGUGUUUUUGUAUCGCUUUAAAGCGUUUGGACGUUAUAAAUGCACCGGAACGAGUCACACAAUGUCAAAACGAAGUAAAGAGACUUAAACUCGAGCUAGAUUCAGCUCAAAAUAGAAGAAAUAUAGCAAAUUCAGAAUUUCAACGAAUAAGAAACAUACUAAAUGAUAAAGAGAGAGAAUUAGAGUCAAACCAAUCUGCACAUAAUGCACUAGAACAAAAACUUGAAACGUUGACGCACGAAAAUAAAUUAUUAAAGGCAGCUGGUCACGAAGUGAAAGAGAUUUGCACAAAAAGCCAAAAUAUUGUGGAGAGACUGAAUGAACUCGAUUCCUUUGAUGAAAUAGCACCUUCUGUUAAUGAUAUUUUACUUCAACUAGAUGAUGUAAUAAAAUUAUAUUGACCCGGUAGCGCAUGAGUAAAUAUACCGUAUGUUAUUCGAAUUCCUUGUUUUCUACCGUAUAUACUAGCUAUCCCCCACUAUCCCUUAUUUUCGGCGCAUUUUAACUCUGAUCAGUCUUUAUACUGAUGUCAGUUCAAAAUCAGUUUAAGUUGAAAUUAUCACAAUUCGGGUCUGAGCAAACCGAAAAAGAUUUCGAGAAAGCAAUACAUUUCUAUAUAUACUUCAGGUAGAGUUCAUACACAAACCACGCCUUCUUUUGGUAGAUACUUACAGUGACUGGAUCACCACGUUUGAGAUAUCUAUUUCACGUACUUCAGACACAAACCACGGUAGCUUAUUAUUGUAGAACACUACCUAUAGUCGAAACGUCGAUUAAAAAUCAAAAUAUUAUUCAGAGUUACUGUUAUUUUGUAUUUUCUUAAUAUUAAGAGAGUUAUGCGAAAUAUGAAAACAGUCAAUCAUUGGACCUUGUCUUUUACCAGGAAUCACAUACAAUUCUUUU